AUGUCCAGUUUAAAAGAUUGGUUAUUCUGUGAUCCGGCUGAAUUAAGAGAUAUGCCUGGUUUAUCGACAAAACUUAGUCGUAAUGAUGGCAGUAUUGGUUAUAGUGUUGGUAGUAAUAAUACCAGUGAAUACAGUACACGUUCAGUGAAAUCUUCUUGGUUAAUACCAGAGAAUACAACUUUAUCAAUGAAUAAAGAUAUGUCUACACUCUGCAUAGAUUCAUCGAAAAUCGAUAAUUUAACAAAGAAUUCAUUAUUUCCUGAACAUAUUUUUCAUUCUGGACCGAUUGAUUUAUCACGUUGGUUAAGACAAUCACCACCACCACCACAAUCGAUGGAUAAUAACAGUAGCAAUUUAUCAAUGGAACAAAAUCAAUCUAUUAAUGAAGAGAUGAAUAGUACUACUUCACAAACAAAUGAAAUCAAUACAAUGAAUCCAAAUAAAAAUAUUGAAAAUAAUGAUAUUCUAGUAGAAUACUGUCCAAAAUUUGGAAUAUGUCAAGGCGGUCCUGGUGGACCGACAUGUUGUGGUGGAUGUUCUUUAUCGAUGAUAAAAAGGAACUCGAUUGAUGCAUCAAUACAAUCAAUCACUAAUGAAAAUUCAAUAAUUGGUAUUUCAUCAAAUACGCUAAAUAAUGAGAUGAAUUCAUGUGAUAAUAAUAAUAAUAAUAAUAAUAAUAAUAAUAAUUCAAUUGUAACUGAAUUAAAUCGCAUUGCAAAUAGUGACUUAAAACAAUGGAUUGUUAAUGAUAAGCCAGAACAGUAUAAUAACAGUGUUGAUUGUUAUUCUGAUCGAAGGCAACAAUCGGAUUUUUUUCAUCCGGUAACUCAAAAUUAUUUAACAUCAUCAGUGCCUCAAACAAACUUUUCUGUAAUUGAUAUGGAAAUUGAUGGAAAAAGGACGUGGAAUAGGAGAACUAGAUGA